CUUUCAUUUCCAUUUUCACUCUUAUAGUCUUAUUCCACAGUUUUCAUCAUGACUACAAUUUCAUUCAACCACAAUAACCCAAAACCAAACAACAUUCAUCACCAAAAGGGACUCAUCAUUGAAGAAAUUGAAGGACUCAUAAAAGUCUACAAAGAUGGACAUGUAGAAAGACCACAAAUUGUUCCAAACAUCUCAUGCAAAUUUCCAUCAGAAAAUGGUGUAACUUCAAGAGACAUUACAAUCAACAAAGAAAUAAAUUUAUGGACACGUGUCUAUCUUCCAACAUCAACGUUAACUUCUCAUAACAAUAACAAGCUUCCUUUGGUUGUUUAUUUCCAUGGUGGUGGAUUUUGUGUUGGUUCUGUUUCUUGGAUUUGUUACCAUGAAUUCUUAAACAACCUUGCUUUGAAGGCGAAUUGCGUGGUUGUCUCGGUUAAUUACCGUUUAGCCCCUGAAAAUCGUCUUCCUUCUGCUUACGACGAUGCUUUCAAUGCUCUCAUGUGGAUCAAACAUGAAGCUUUAUAUAAUAAAAACCAAAGUUGGUGGUUGAAACAUUGCAACAUUUCUUCUCUUUUUCUAAGUGGUGAUAGUGCCGGAGCUAAUAUAGCUUACAAUGUCAUUGCUGCGCGAAAUGUUUCAUCGUGUUUGAAUCCAUUAUCUUUAAAAGGUGUUAUAUUGAUUCAGCCUUUUUUCGGAGGAGAAGAAAGAACAAAUUCCGAAAAACAUUUUCAUCAACCACAAAAUUCCGCACUUAGUUUAUCGGUUUCAGAUACUUAUUGGCGAUUAUCACUUCCUAUCGGAGUUUCAAUUACGCGUGAUCAUCCUUAUUGUAAUCCUCUAGCAAAUGGAAUCGCUAAAUUGAGAGAUUUGAGGAUUCCUUCUAUUAUGAUAUGUGUUUCGGAAUUGGACAUACUUAGAGAUAGAAACUUGGAGUUUUCGAAUUGUUUGGUUAAAGCGGGGAAAAAAGUUGAAACUUUUGUGUAUAGAAAUGUUGGACAUGCAUUUCAAGUGUUACAUAAUUAUCAACCUUCUCAUGUUAGGACACAAGAAAUGAUAUCUCAUAUCAAAAACUUCUUGAAUCAGUAACUCAUAAAUAUGAUGUGUAUAAAGUCAGAGAAUAGGGAUCCGUAUUUGGUGUACUAUAUAUAAUAUAUUAAUAUGUGGUACUUAUUAUAGUUUUAAUCAUUUAUAUAUGCACUAAACGGUUUAUAAGAGUUUAGGCAUUUAUGUAACUGUGUGCUCAGGUAUUAAAAAAGGUUUGUGACUUCGAUAUAGACCAUGACAGAAUUUUUUUGGAUUUCAUGGUCGUAAAAUCAAAUAAAAAAGAGGUUAAUAGU